UUUCAUCGAUAUCGUAGUUGAGAGACGCUCUGUAUUAUUUAACGGAUUAACUUUUUUUCGUUAAUAUUUUAUAGUUAACUGUUUUACUUUAUUGUUGACUUCGAUAUUUAUUUAGUUUUUACUACUCCUCACAUAAAAAUGGGAUCAAACAGACAGAGUGAACCUGAACAGUUCCGUAAGCUUUUUAUUGGUGGCUUGAAUUACAAAACUACUGAAGAAACCUUAAAGUCAUAUUUCAGUAAAUAUGGUGAAAUAGUUGAUUGUGUUGUCAUGAAGGACCCCAAUACCCGCCGUUCUCGUGGUUUUGGCUUUGUUACUUAUAAGAAUGCCCACAUGGUAGAUGAUGCUCAAGCUGCUAGACCACACACCAUUGAUGGCCGUGAAGUUGAACCAAAACGUGCUGUACCCAGAGAGGAUGCUGGAAAACCAGAAGCCCAGGUGACAGUCAAAAAAAUUUUUAUUGCUGGUGUAAAGGAUGAUGUAGAAGAACAAGAUUUAAGGGAUUAUUUUGGAGAAUAUGGAAACAUCACGAGUGUUAAUAUUGUUGUUGACAAAACCACUGGAAAAAGGAAAGGAUUUGCUUUUGUUGAGUUUGAUGAUUAUGAUCCUGUGGAUAAAAUUGUGUUGAAAAAACACAUGCUUAAGGGGAAAAAAGCUGAUGUUAAGAAAGCUCUGUCAAAGCAAGAAAUGGAAGAUCUUAAAAGAAAAAAGGAAAUGAAAUCCUUUGGAGCUGGUGGUGGACGUGGUUCCUGGAAAGCUGGUCCAGAUAACUAUGGUGGACAAGGUGGUUAUGGUGGAGGGUAUGGCAGUGCUGGUAAUGGUACCUAUGGUGGUAGAAGUGGUCCUCCUGCCUGGAAUGAUGGUUAUGCAAAUGAUUAUCCUGCUCCUGAUUAUAUGGCUGGUGGCUCUUCUAAUGGUGGCUGGGGUUCUGAUUAUGGACCUUCUGGAGGCUAUUCCUCUGGAAGUGCUGGUCCAAUACGCAGCUCAAGAGGAGGAGGAGGAGGUGGUGGUUAUUCCAACAGAAGUGCUGGUCCUUAUGGUGGUGGAUAUGGUUCUAACAGAGGUGGAUAUGGUAGCUACCGACGAUAAAAUAAGCACUUUCAUCAACUUGGGGAAUAUUUAUCUCGGAAAAUUAUAGCCGCUGAUGUAAGCCAGUAGGUGUGUAGCUGUUAGAAGAAAUGAAAAGCAACCUGUUUUUAUGUCUACCAUCGCUUCUGGCACUGGCCCAUUAGGUUAUAUAUUUUCCAUUGAGGCACGCCCCAAGAUACCGUCUCAUUUUUUCUUAAUGUAUUUGUAAUCAGUGCUCCCAUUUUGUCAUCUCAAUUCAUUAGUCUCUGUAUUUGUACCAAUGUCUUAAUAAAUGUAAAUUAGUGUUCUCA